ACUUAUAAGACAUACAUACUGUAUUUCUCUACUGUUUCGUUGGUUUUUUUUUUAAUGCUAACGCACAAUGUAGAGUUUGCUAUACAUAUUAGUAUUGUCUUUUAUAUGGAUGUAAUCAAUACACAAUAAUGCCAAAUGGAUAAAAAUCAAUCUUAUAUGAGCAGUCAGUAUGUAAAUCAUGAAUGGCGCCUUAGCAAUAUUAUUCAGUUCGAUUUUUAUUUGGAAAGCAACAAAAGGGUUGCCUUUUACAAAUGACAAACAAGCACUUUCUUCCGACUCUGUCAGAUUUCUGGUUCUAGCAGACUGGGGUGGAUCUCCCUACCCUCCCUUUACAACCGGAGUUCAAGUUAGAGUGGCACACCAAAUGGCACUUAAAGCGGAGAAAGAAAAAGUCAGUUUUGUGCUUGCUCUUGGUGAUAACUUUUACAUGAAUGGUGUCGUUGGUUUUUACGACGAACGUUUUAAGACGACAUUUGAAGAGGUUUAUCACCAGGAAUCACUGAAUAUACCUUGGUACAUAAUUGCUGGAAAUCAUGAUCAUUAUGGCACGGUUGAAUCACAAAUCCUAUAUUCCACAAUAUCAAACCGAUGGAAUUUUCCUGACUUUUACUACAAGGAAUCUAAGACUUUACCGGGUGGAAAAGUUUUGGACAUUUUAUUUCUGGACACUUAUAUUCUCUGUGGACCUACAUAUAACACACCCUUUGGUCAUCGUAUACGUGCUCCUCUGUAUUACUCGUGGGCAGAAAGUCAAUGGGAGUGGAUACAAUCUAAUCUAAAGGAGUCCAAGUGAGUUCUCGUCUUGUUUGUUUUAUCAGGAUAA